AGAAGAGCGGUGGGUGAAAAGGCGCACAAUACAUCGGAGUACACACUAUAUUCCUUUCCAAAUAACCUAUAACCAUGGAUAUCAGAUCAUCUGAGGGUGGAGAUGCUUUAUUGAUGCAGGUAUGGAAUUAGUUUUUUUGAGAGUACUGGAUUAACACCAUCUACCACUGUGGAUACGCGAAAAAUAUUUCUUUUGUGGAUUUAAAUCUAAGUGCAAUAUUAGAAAAAGUAUGACCAAUGUAACCAUGUAUAAUAUGGUCAUAUGGUAUCACCGGACUGUGAAAUCUGCGACUGCGUUAUUAAGUUAUUAACACUCAGCAGUGUAGACACUCAUUUUUUAUUUUCAUAUCGCAAAACCAAUAUUACUUUUCUUUAACUUAGUAGUACUGAAUACCAAGGCUAAAAUUUUAAUUUUGAGUAUUUGGUGAUAACUCAAAAGUACCGCGCUUUACGUGACAUAAGUGCUCGACAAAUUACUUACCUUUAAAUUAAUAAUUCUAAGCUUCAUGUAGGCGUUUAAAAAAAAAAAUACAACUAGAUGAUGAUAGGGACGGCUUUAUAAAAUGUAAGACACUGAAAGCGUUCCUUAUAUAUAUAUAUCUACUGUGGAUAUUCUACUUCUGUCGUGAUUCUGUGCGCUAGUAAAGGACAAGGUGGCGGUUCGGUUGCCAUCAUUGAUUUUUCUACAUCACGAUAGCGACAUCUGUGUGAAUUUUUAAAAUUUUGAAACAUGGGGAGAAAUAACGGCUUUUUUUCCGUAUUGUUUUUCAUAUUUCAAAUAACUUCGCUUAGCUUUCCUUAGCUUUCAGCUACGCGGGACGGCGUGGAUUGAGUGUUUAUAUUAAAUUGUUUAAAGACAAAACUGAAAGACGCGUUCUUUAUUAUUUGUUAAAUUUCAUCCUCUAAUCUUUUCAACAGAAUAAUUGUAAGUUUUUUACAACAUUGAUUUGAAAUGUAGGUUCUCUUGACAUAAUUCUAUCCCGAUAUCACUCUCACAAUUAUAUUUCGAUUUUAUUGGUAUCCAGUGCAGCGCAACUUUAGUACAGUGACUUUCCUUUACUUUUAAUGAAUUUCAUCAUAAAUUGUAAAAUAUUGAUAUAGGCCUAUUGAUAACUAAUUCCAUUUUUUCGAAGGUUCCCUCAGAAGUCACUUGUCUGUAGGAUUAUAUGAUUAUAAUUAUACAAGUAUAUGAAGUUUGUUAAAAUAAACUAAUUAAACACGUUGGGCGUUAACAUUGACUGUUUGGCCUUGCAGCUACUAGUUUUAUUUUAAUGCGGCAACAGCUUGGAAUAGUGAUAUAAUAUCGCACUGUGGUAUACAACACUGGGCCUCCAGAUCUGUUGGUUGAAUUAUAUAUAUAUUAUAUAUUAUAUAUAUAGGCCUAUAUAUAUAUAUUGUAGUACCGGUAAAUGUAGUUUAUUACUUGCACGAAUUAUAUAAAUAUUAUGUCAUUGAAAUUGAUUUUGAUGUUGGCUAAUGCUAAUACAAUUUUUACAACAAACCUAAUUCAAUAAUUGACGCGGAUUUUCAUGAAGCGGAGCGCUAUUAGGUGGCGGUUGUACACUGCGUUACCAUUCCAACACUCUCAUGUUCGUUGCGCGGUUUUUUUUGGGGGGGGGGGGGGGGGGGGGGGGGGGGUGUUGAUCUUUAAACUCAGGUUCUUUUCAGUUGGUCGUGGUUGCUUUUUUUCCCCUCGCCACGGCCAGUAGGCGCGCUCGCUAGCUCUCUUACUAUGUCUCUUUGCCGGCGGAUCAUUCUGUAAUCCCGCUAAUAAUUUUAUUUUUAUUUUAUUUUUCAGAAGAACCGACGUACAGGCAGUUUGAAAAAUAACAUGGGUCCUCCACCAGAGCGACGUAGCACAAUAAGCCAAUGUAGCACAAUAAGCGCAAUGGUGUCAUGCAGCAACUACCAGAACGCUUUGCGCUUACGUAAUUUAUCAGGCGGCAGUAAUGGCAGCACUACCAGCACUAACUCCAGCCUGUUAGACAAUCAGUAUUCGGAUAGUCUGCAGCAGCGUUUUCCCAUGUCCGACUUCACUAAUAAUUCUACCGUCCCGAAUAACCGCAGCACUUUAUCUCCUACGUCUUCAUCGUCUCACAGGAAGCUUGACCGUAGUUGGAGUGACAGUGAUAGUGAUCGCAAUGGUUCGCACAGAUCAGUCAAUUCCAGCCGUUACAAAACAGAACUUUGUCGACCUUUUGAGGAAAGCGGGUCUUGUAAAUACGGUGAUAAAUGUCAGUUUGCCCAUGGCUAUCAUGAACUCAGAAAUCUCGCCAGGCACCCAAAGUAUAAAACCGAACUGUGCCGCACUUUCCACACUGUGGGAUUUUGCCCUUACGGUCCUAGAUGUCAUUUUAUCCAUGAAGAGGAGACUAAGCCCGCAGAGUCCUCCCCUAAGCUUGCUAGAUCAGGUAGUGUGCAGUCAUCCAGUGGCAGCAGUAGUCCUUCUUUAAGUCCUUCGGGCAGUGAUGACCACAACGUUUUUAACUAUCAGGAGUCCAGCCCACCUAUGUCCACAAUAAAUGUGGAGAAUCGUCCUUUCAAUGCCCCUCUUUCAGUUAAUAUCAACAACUGUGGCAGCUACAACUAUGAGCUCUCUCUUAAACAGCUCAGCCAUCUGAAUUUGAACCGCAUCGAUACUUUCAGUGGAAACAACAAAGAACCCAAGAUUAUUGGUUCUGAAGAGCGAGACAUCUUUAGCGAAAUCACAAUGUUCAGCACGGAGGAGGUCAAGCUUGACAAUGCCCCAAAACCAUCAUCUUGUGCAGUGCAGUCAUUGAGGUUGGAUAACUAUCCUGUCAGGGACAAUUCCAUCUGGCAAAAAGAUAUUUUCGCUCAAAUGAUUAGGCCCGUUGAUCCUUUCCACUAUUCACCAACAGGCUCUGAUGGCAGUAGCAGCAGCAGUGGCAGCGAUUGUGGAGGUAGUACUGAGAGUUUGGCCAGCACUGGUUUCACAGAGUGGCGAUGCCCAGUUGCCAUUGGACAAUACUGAAUUUUUUCAGUUAAACUUUGUAACAUUAUUUUUUUAAAAAUUAGAUGAACAUUUUUAUAUCCCUCUGUGUGCAGGAUUUUUGCAUCAAUGAAAGAUUUGCUUCAUGUGUAUGAUUUUUGUGUCUGGCUUUUUGUAAAUGCUUUUGUGAUGCAAGUCUGAGCGAGGUAAUAGUUGACUUUUAUUAACUGUAAAACCAGUAAAAUACGGACCAUGUUCAUUUUGAUUAAUAUGUUCAGCGUGUCAGUGGUUGAAAAAGUUUGAGGCGCUGUCAGAUAUGUAUGUGGCAACUUAUGGAGAUGAUCAGAAAUUUCUCGAUGUUCAAUAACUUUUUAAACCAUGUUGAGUAUGAAUGGCAAUGUUAUUUCAUGGAGAAGUAUUUUUUAUACAGACUAGAGUAAAUAUAAUAACUUUCUCUUGAUUGCAAUAAUUAUAUUUAAAAAAUUUCGUAUUUGUUUAAUGCACACAAAAAAUGUUGAUGCCUAACUGGGUGAAGAGAUCUGAGUGCAUGUUUGUAAUGUUUUUAUUUCAAGAAUCAAUUUAAUGGCAUUUAUCAUGUACUCCACUACAGUGUUCAUACUUAAGAUAAAAGAGUUACUAAAAACCUUUCCUUUUCUUUAAAUUGCUAUUGUUUAUCAUAGUCAUUUGAUGUGUUAGGACAUUAUACCAUGAUUUUAUUUAUUUUCUAUUGUAUUAUGUUUCGCACGUCGCUCCCAGGUCUGAAGUGAUGGGGCACAGCGCAUUCUUAUGUUACUGUACUUUUCACAUUUAGUGUGGCAAUGACUUUUUAAGAUAAUUAUGAUAGUGAUUUAAUUUAUUUUUUCAAGUCUUGAGAUUGAAGAUUAUUUAUGAACCAUUUCAGUAUAUCAAAUUAAUGCACAGAUUAAUGUUAAACAUAUUUUAAUAUUUGAUUAUUUCAGCAGAUCCUUUCCACAUUUUGGCAUUUUUGUGGUUAAUUAAGGCUGUUUUUUUUCAAAAGUGUUCAAACUAUUUCCUUUUUUAAAUAUAUUUUACAAGGAGAUCUGCCUUUCAUUGGUUUCAAUUUCCAAAGCAUAGACAUUGAUUAAUAGGGAUGAUAAGAAGUAAAACUGUUAGCCCCGUUUUUUUUUUACCAGACUUAUUCAUUUAGCUUUCAGGCUGAAACUAGGUCAGGUCAUAGGUUAGUACAUAAUCAGAGGGAGGCUUCCCGCAGGUGUUCUCUCAGGGCUAACUGGUAUAUGAUCAUGUAUUUUUUUUCUGCCCCUCUCACUUAUUCGUUUUUUUUUCCUCUCCCGUCAUUAAUCUGUGAAUUAUUACACCUACAUGAUGUAUUUUAUUUAUUAUAAUACAAGAUAUACCCUUGGUGCUUUCAUUAUCUGAUUAAAUCGAUGCUUGGAAUCACUAAAUUGGGGUAAUAUUUUCAUAAAUGGACCAAAAAAAUAUAUGCCUUUUCAAUUGAUUGGUUUUUGUUCCGUUUCUUUUUUUCAAAAUUUUUAUAAUGAAUGUGACAUGAUUUAUUCCAGUUCAUGAAUUGCAAGUAUUAUAAUUAUAUUGCCAUGAUGUCUGAUAGAUUGGCAAAGGCUAGCACAAUGCAGCUAAGAAACAAUGUAACCAGGACUAAGCUGUGAAACUGAAGAUACCUUUUUUUUUUUCCCGAUGGUGCCUUUCCGAAAGAUGCCUUAGUGGUGUUUUUUUACAUGUGAAAUCUUUUGCGGGUCUCUGUGUUCGUCUCACGUGUGGUUUCCUUAUUUAACACAAAAAUUAUGGCAGGAAAGACAGUAUCAACCCCCCACCCCCUGAUGGAUAGUCCUAACGUUUGGCACUAUGCACUUAGUGUUAUGGUUCUCUUUUCAGGAAUUUUUCUCUUUCAAGGUUUCUCUUAUAUCAUGCUUUGUGUUACCAUUGUUUAAUGAGCAACCAGAAAGGUUUUUUUAAUUUAUAUUUUAAUUUAUAACUUUGGCAGGAUUGUAUUAUAAAAGUCUCUUGGCACAAUUUUAAAAAAAACACAAAUAAGCCACACACACACACAAAACAAAAAAGAUCAAAUUUUUUUUUUUUUUGUUCUGAGAGUUAAUUUAUAUUAUAUAUUUAUAUAUCAGUAAAUAUAUUUAUAGAUGUUAUUUAUUUCCCAAUACUUGCAGUUUUUACAGUGAUGUUUAAUUUUUUUCACCUGAUUACAGGGAAAAUAACAAUCUUACAAAGCUAUGAAGGAAGCUGUAGUAUUUGUCCUAUUUUCCCCUUAUUUAUUCAAAUCUUAGUUUUGGUAACCGCAAGUUACUGCUUUUAAUUUGUUUUAACCCUGCAUGACCAUAGGUAAAGCCAUGCAUAUUUCAGUUCUCAGUUUGUCUAUUUUCCCUGUAAGUUGUUAUUGAAAGGUCUGAAUAAUGAGGUCUUAUUUGAUGCCUUUCAUUUGAAUCAGAUAGACAAAAAACCUGUACAUUGUGUGACGUUUUAUGUUUAGAUGGAAUCCUUUGAUAUCAUUGGUUUUAUACCAUGACCUGGAUAUUUUAAUUAUUUAAUUAAAACAGGCAGCUAUUUUUUCAGCAUUUGAGCUUAAUUUCUUAUGCUUUUUCUUCGUUUUUUUAACCCCCGAAAAAUUGGAUACAAGACUAAAACAAGAAGGAAAAAAAAAAAGGAAGAUAUAAGCCAAAUGUCUUGUGUAUUUAAUUAGUUGAUUAUGAAUAUGGCUUUCUGGCGCUUUUAUUUUAUUCACAUAAUGAGGUGUCUUAGCCUUUGAUGGGGCUGCACCGUUUGUUUGGCACUGUCUAAUUGCAUUUAUUUCCGUAGAUGAUGCAUAACAAAGAAUAAGCAUAUAUUCACCUCCUUUUUUUUUUUCCUUACCAUGCUUUUUCUCUCAAUAGUUCAACAAUACAGAGUUCCUGUGUAUAUUUGUACAAGCUUUGGCUUCCUCCCCAAUCAUUAGUUUCGGAUACCCAACACAGUUCAUGCUACUCAACAUGUUGUUGUGUUCAAUGGGACAACACUAUUACUGUGCUUUUAAAUCCUUAUAUCAGUUGUUUUUUUCCCUCUAGCCCUGUCCUUGGCGCAAACUCAAUCAAUUCUUUGCACUCAGCACUGGCUACAGCAUGCAGAUAAGUUUUCACAGCUGCUAAGUAGGUCAGUGGGACACAUCUGGGCUAGAGCUGCAGGGCAUGAGCUGGCCGUUGUGUUAAAUCUCAUUUAACAAAUAUUGAUGAAGGGGGUUCCCUGAGAUUCUGUAUUGUCAUAUACAUAUAUAAAUAUAUUUUAAAUUAGGCCUGGACAGAGAACUUCUUCGCUUCUCUUUCCACCUGGCUGUAUAUGUAAUUGUUACUUAAAGCUUUUAAAUUUUAUAUAAAUAUAUAUUUUUGUUUUACUCCUUUCACCAACAUAGUCUUAAUUUCUCUUAACGUCCCCUAUUGAACCUCUUGACCAGCAGUUAAAGAGGUUGGUGGUGUUUUUUUUUUCAAUUGUUAAUCAUUUUCAUGUGUAAAAAAUAUCAUUUAUGUAUUUAAAAAAGUUAUGUCUUUUUUUUUUUAGAAUUGGUGAUUAUUUUUUUUUAAAAACAUGUUAACUACAGCAAGAUGAUAGUACAUGCCAUGUCAGGAUGUCAUGGCGUACAUGCCAUGUCAGGAUGUCAUGGGAAUUAAGGCGUUAAAUCUAUUUUAUGCAGGUCUGAACCUGGGUCAAACUGUUCACUUCCAAUGUCUAGGGUUUAACUUUCAUGUCUAACAAUAAAUGACCUUUUGGGUGGGUGGGGUGUUGAACUAUUAAAUUUUGACCCUUGUCCAGUCUUGACCUAAUUGUGAUGCAAGUCAGCACAUAAAGAUGACAUUCUCUAACUUUGGAGCCUCCUUUUCAUUUUUAUUGAUUUUAACUUACUAGUGUAUUACCUUUUUUUUUUUUUUUUUUUUUUACUUUGUUGUUUUUUUCUUUUUUUUUUUUUUUUUUUUUUGAAAUAGAUAUGAAGAAAACCUAUAACUUAUUGAUUUUGAUACUUUACAUGUUCAAAGCUAUUCUUGUAUUAUGUGUACUUGUACAAGUCUCGUGUGUUUAGUACAAGGGUUCCAGGAAUUGUCUUUCUUUCUGUGCAGCCUUGCCUAAUGUGUGCUGUACUUUUUGUACAAUAAACUACACACUGAAGUUUUUAUCAAUUAUUGGAUUUCUUGUUUUCAAAUACAUUUGUAUUGUCCUUUGUGAAUGGGGGGAUUGGGUCUUGCUUUUAUUUACCAAGAGUUUUAGGGACGUCUUUUUAGGAAGGUUUUGCU